AAUCAUUCAGACAUUUGUUACACAACAGUGGAAGAACAGCAAAGAGAAAUCUAAUUGUACGCACAAUAAGAAAGUGUCUGACAAAAAGGUGAAAUCCCCUCUGCACAUCUUUUCUACGUUGCGCAGGUCACCAAGUUAUCCACCACCUGGCUGUGGUAAAAAUAAAUCAAAACUGAAGUCAGAACUGGAUGGGAUCUCCAAAACUCACAAGCUGCUGGGAAGGACUUACUCUAGCACAGUUAAGGCAGAGGAUGUGUGUGCCACAAAAUCUCACAGAACCUUUGGCCGCUCAUUAUUAAGUGGCCCUAGGACUGAACAGACAAUAGCUAUUAAAUCGCACAAACUGUUGAACCGUUCUUGCUCUGCAGCUGUCAAACAGGAGGAGUGCAUCACUUUAAAGCCCCAUAAGCUGUUAAGUAGGUCGUGUUCUGGGGACCCUCGAUGUGAGCACAACAGCACCUUGAAGCCCCACAAACUUUUAAGCAGGUCCUACUCCAGUAAUAUUAGAAUGGAAGAAUUGAAUGGAUUGAAGAAUCACAAGUUACUCAGCAAGACUUACUCCAAUGCCCCUAAAUCAUACAAAAUGGAGCCUUUCAAGGAGUCCACCAUAGCAGAGGGCAGGAGUCUCUCUCUUACCUCAGGGCUUAUUGGUAUCUUAACACCAUCUUCAUUAUCACCUUCACAAGCUGCUCAAAAUUAUGGUGCAAAAUGCAUUCUGGUACGAGACCGUGGCUUUCUUGUGCAGACUAUUGAAUUUGCUGAGCAGAGGAUACCAGUAUUGAAUGAAUACUGUGUAGUUUGUGACGAACCCCAUGUGUUCCAGAAUGGCCCUAUGCUGAGGCCCACUGUUUGUGAACGGGAGCUCUGUGUAUUUGCUUUCCAAACAUUAGGAGUGAUGAACGAAGCUGCUGAUGAAAUUGCAACUGGGGCUCAGGUGGUUGAUCUGUUAGUAUCCAUGUGUCGGUCUGCAUUAGAGUCACCUAGGAAAGUUGUCAUUUUUGAGCCAUAUCCUUCUGUAGUUGAUCCAAAUGAUCCUCAGAUGCUGGCCUUUAACCCCAGGAAGAAGAAUUAUGACCGAGUCAUGAAAGCAUUGGAUAGUAUCACUUCUAUUAGAGAGAUGACGCAGGCACCUUACUUGGAAAUAAAGAAGCAGAUGGAUAAACAAGACCCGCUUGCACAUCCUCUUCUACAAUGGGUUAUUUCUAGUAAUAGAUCACAUAUUGUGAAGCUACCAGCGAAUAGACAACUGAAGUUUAUGCACACUCCCCACCAGUUCCUACUUCUCAGCAGUCCACCAGCCAAAGAAUCCAAUUUCCGAGCUGCUAAAAAUCUCUACGGAAGUACCUUUGCAUUUCAUGGUUCACACAUUGAAAAUUGGCAUUCCAUCCUGAGGAACGGCUUAGUUGUUGCAUCCAAUACGAGGCUGCAGCUCCAUGGUGCAAUGUUUGGAAGUGGAAUCUACCUUAGUCCGUUGUCAAGCAUAUCAUUUGGUUACUCAGGGAUGAACAAGAAGCAUCAGAAGGUGUCAGCUAAAGAUGAACAAGCUUCAGGCAGUAAGGGUAGUAAUACAUCACAGUCACAGAAGAAAGGACAACAGUCACAAUUUUUGCAAAGCCGUAACUUAAAAUGUAUAGCCUUAUGUGAAGUGAUAACUUCAUCUGAUCUGCAAAAACAUGGAGAGAUAUGGGUAGUUCCCAAUACGGAUCACGUGUGUACAAGAUUUUUCUUUGUUUAUGAAGAUGGUCAAGUGGGUGAUACAAGCAUAAAUACACAGGAACCAGGCAUUCAUAAAGAGAUUCUUCGGGUCAUUGGCAAUCAAACUGCUACUGGUUAA